AUGUCGCCGCCGCCGCCCCAAGACCCUACCCCUUGCCCUCCCUCCAGUCCCACCGUCCUGGCGCAACCAAUUCUCCUCGAUCCAGCGCUGAUCCGGCGGCUUCUCGGCCCAGCCAUGGAUUUGCUGGCGUCCUUGACCACUGAGAAGCGGUGGCUGUUCCCGACGUUCCUCGCCAUGUACGCUGCCAUCUACUGCGUCGGCCAACUCAUCGUGUUCCGGCCGUGGGCGCCACGGCAGCGCCUAGACGGCGCCAGCUGCCUCAUCUCGCUCUUCCACGGCACCCCCGCCACGCUGGCCGCUGCAGGGGCUAUCCUCGCUCUGCCCGCAGGAGCCCGCUCCUUCGCCGCGCCCAAUGCGCGCCUCCAGGACCACGUCCUCGACUACAGCAUCGCCUACUUCACCAUGGACCUGCUCCACUACCUCGUCUUCCUGCCCGGGGACGUCCUCAUCAUCGCGCACCACCUCUCCACGCUCUUCGUCUUACUCACCUGCCGCUACCUCGUCCGCCACGGCGCCUACGCGCUCCUCGUCCUCCUCCUCCUCGGCGAGGUCACCAGCCUGCUGCACAACGUCUGGAUGCUCGCUGGGAUUUGGCAGGACCAGUCCCCCGCUGCCGCGCGCGUCUACGGCGCCCUCUCGCCGCCCUUCUACGCACUCUACACGCUCGUCAGGGGCGUCGCCGGCCCGCUCUUCCUCCUCAAGAUGACCACCUUCUACCUGUCCGGAGAGGCCGUCGACAUCAUCCCGUGGUGGGUGCGGAUCUCCUGGAUCCUAAUUGUCGGCACUGGCAUUGUGGUUAGCAACCUGUGGAUUUGGAACAUUGCGGUUAGCAACCUGUGGAUUUGGAACCUCUGGAUCUAA